GUCGUCAGCUUUGGUGUCUGUGUUGGCCAGUUCUGAAAUCUCCUUGAAGGAGCCCUACAUUGAGGAAGAUCAAAGCAGCAGUCUUUGCCAACUGGGGAAUGGACCGUUUGAGUUCCUUUAGCAAUGAUCCCUCUGAUAAGCCACCUUGCCGAGGCUGCUCCUCCUACCUCAUGGAGCCUUAUAUCAAGUGUGCUGAAUGUGGGCCACCUCCUUUUUUCCUGUGCUUACAGUGUUUCACUCGAGGAUUUGAGUACAAGAAACAUCAACGUGAUCAUACUUACGAAAUAAUGACCUCAGAUUUUCCUGUUCUUGACCCCAGCUGGACUGCUCAAGAAGAAAUGGCCCUUUUAGAAGCUGUGAUGGACUGUGGCUUUGGAAAUGGGCAGGAAGUAGCCAAUCAAAUGUGCACCAAGACCAAGGAGGAGUGUGAGAAGCACUACAUGAAGCAUUUCAUCAAUAACCCUCUAUUUGCAUCUACCCUGCUAAACCUGAAGCAAGCAGAGGAGGCAAAAACUGCUGACACAGCCAUUCCAUUUCACUCUACAGAUGACCCUCCCCGACCUACCUUUGACUCCUUGCUUUCUCGGGACAUGGCAGGAUACGUGCCAGCUCGAGCAGAUUUCAUUGAGGAGUUUGACAAGUAUGCAGAAUGGGACUUGAGAGACAUUGAUUUUGUUGAAGAUGACUCGGACAUUUUACGAAUUAUAAGAGACCAUGGAUUAAUCAACCUUAGAAAGUUUCAGUUAAUGGAACGGCGGUAUCCCAAGGAAGUCCAAGACCUUUAUGAAACAAUGAGGCGAUUUGCAAGGAUAGUGGGGCCGGUGGAACAUGACAAGUUCAUUGAAAGCCAUGCAUUGGAAUUCGAACUCGGAAGGGAAAUCAAGAGGCUCCAGGAAUACAGGACAGCAGGCAUUACCAACUUUUGUAGUGCCAGAACCUAUGAUCACCUCAAGAAGACUUGAGAAGAGGAACGCCUCAAACGCACUAUGCUCUCGGAGGUUCUCCAGUACAUCCAGGACGGUAGCGCCUGCCAGCAGGGGCUCCGCCGGCAGGCUGCCAUUGAUUCUGGCCUGAGUUCUUCCGUACCAAUGGCUUCGAAUUCAGGUACACGAAGUGCACCGCCCUUGAACCUCACUGGCCUCCCUGGCACAGAGAAGUUGGAUGAAAAAGAAAAGGAGCUCUGUCAGGUGGUGAGAUUGGCCCCAGGAGCCUAUUUAGAAGACAAAUCUUCUCUAUUGAACGAAUGUAACAAGCAAGGAGGCUUGAGACUGGCACAGGCAAGAGCACUCAUCAAGAUAGACGUGAACAAAACCCGGAAAAUCUAUGAUUUCCUCAUCCGAGAAGGAUACAUCACUAAAGCCUGAGGCUCUCCGGGCCUGGUGGGCCAAAGGACAGUACGGGCAUUCUGGAGUUUUGUUUUUGAGCUGAAUUCUCCUUGUAAAAAGAGGGGAAGAACCAAGGAAACCUUAAGUUGUAUUAAUGUCUACUUUCUUCUCCCCCCUGCUUUAAAAUACUGCUGUUGUUGGUAUUCUGCUGCAGAGUUAUGUGCGAGAUAAGCUAUUAUUAACUGUGUGUGGGCAUUCAUUCCUAACCCCUCUUGUAACUAAAACAAGAACCACAGCACCUCACAUCACAGUGUCGGUAGAAAUAGAACUAAACCAGUCUUUAGUCCCAGGAGUCCAGCUCAGAUCCUUGUACUUGCUUGGGAGGUUGGUUUUCUGAUUAUCUGUUUUGUCUUCAAACAUUACAGACAGACUUAAAAUAAAGAGGUUAUAGAGAGAGAAAGCUUUCUCUUUCUGUCUGAGGAUUCUUUUAAGCUGACAACUUAUGUUUAUGAGCAAAGAGGAGGAAAAUCUCCCCAUGAUGGUGUUGUCCCAAACUGCAUCUUCAACUUUAAUGUCUGGCUUUGUAAGUUGCAGUCUGGCUGUCUAAUCUGCAGUAGACUCUUGAGGAGGUGACACUGGAUAUAAAAUGUCUCUGUUAUUUUUAGAAUUAAUGGAUUAAAAUGUUGUGCUACUUCAAAUAAAUAAAUA